UCGGCUAUUAGUUCCACACAUUUCGGCACUCCUUUUCCUUAAAUUAUUCUCAGGAAUUAGAUUGUUGAGACAGAUUUUCUAAUUCUAUGGUUACAUUCAAUUAAAAGGACCAAAUUGUUAAGGAAAUAUGGCGACUCCGAAGAGGUAUGGAAACAAAACUGAUACAGCACAAAACGCAGAUGGCUCGAGAUUAAAUCGCGAAUAUCCCAUGUAUAGAACAGUACCUAGCACAAACGAAGUCAAGAAAGCCGAAAUAGGUUAUUAUUUCAUAGAUAACGGUAAAGUGAAGAACCAAACAGUGAAAAAUGUAUCUGCAGAAAGAUAUAGUGGAAGAUCAUUAAAUGAAAUAUAUCGUAGCACCAUCCCCCGCACACCCUCUUUUCACAAAGCUAUUAAAAUGACAAUGGCUAAUUACUCUGCACAGAAUAAAUUAUAUAAAAUUCCAUUUAUGGCCACCCAUUACAAAAACUCGGCUAAAGAUUACACAGUCGUUACAUCUCCAAGCGUUGAGAGUCUAGGUCAUGUUCGUAAGCCUUUAGAGGUAUUACCGAUAUUAAGUAGAAGCAUAGAAAUGCUUUCUUGCUCUCUUAAUAUGAAGGUGAAGGAGGCAAUUUUUAACAAACGUGUCUACACCAUGGCGUAUAACUGUAACAUUAUACGAGAGGAAUUGGAAAAGCGUAACUGGAUAGAGAAAUUGGCGCCAAGCAGAUACCAAGAAUUGUUGCAGCUAUCAUUCAAUCCAAUGGUGAGUAACCAGGGAAAUAACUAUAAUACAAUGGCCAUGACUAAAGCGUUAAGAGAAUACCCAGCCAACUUUGUUUGGCAAGGAAACUCGUACAAUGAGUUUGCUGCGCACAGUUAUCCAUUUAGGAAUCGUACUCACCGUCGAGAUGAUGUAGACUUCACUACUAAAAACGGAUUAUUAGGCUGUGUUAAGAUUGCAAAAUCUAAACAAAAGGAUGAAAAGUGCGUUAUUAGUCAUCCACGUUGUUUUAACUUAAAUGGUUACUCACCUGUUAAUUAUCCAUUCACACAAGAAUAUAGGCGAACCUUAUGCCAUUGUGUUAUUCGUUGCAUAUGCUUAAAUCAUUCUAAUGCAGAUGCUAUAAUAGAUAAUAGCUUAGGGACGAUACCAUCUAAUAUUAUCAGUUUCGCUUUAACUCGUUUGGAGCACUACUUGAAGAAUGGUUAUGAAGAAAAAAAAUACAUUCCUAGAAGAGCUGGGGAACCAAAUGUAAAAGAAUGGGAAGCUUUCAUGAAAAAUGCUAUAAAUUUCUUGCAUAAUGAGGAAAAACUAAAGAUGUUUGAAAAAGAUCUUGCUCUUGCUGUUGAAAAAGGAAAGUUCAUACUAGAAAAACUAGAAGCAUUAAAUGAAAAUUUUGAGUGGGAUGGCUGCUAUAAUAUUUGGAUAAUGAAACCAAGUUACAAAUGCCGAGGAUACGGUAUCGUUAUUAAAAACAAUCUUCAAGAUAUAUUACGAUAUGCCUAUAGGCAUAGUCAUCAGUAUUUUAUUGUUCAGAAGUAUAUUGAACGUCCAAUGUUAAUAUAUAAAACCAAGUUCGAUAUGCGGGUGUACAUGUUGCAAACCAUAACUGAGGAUAAGAUUUGCAUUUGGUUAUAUGACGACUGCUAUCUUCGUUUUAGUUCCAGAGAAUUUCAGCUAAAAGAUUUUGACAAGUCGAUACAUCUCACUAAUAAUGCCAUUCAAAGAUAUUGUCAAAAUCAAGUGAAUCGCAACAAAAAUUUGCCUUCUCAUAAUAUGUGGUCUUUAAAAGAGUUCAAAUUAUAUCUGGACCAAAACUAUGAAGAGAAAAAAAUUUGGGAGACUAAAAUUGUGCGCGCCAUUGAAAGAAACUUGAAAGCGGUAGUUGAGGUUAGUUUGAUGGGCUUGUAUGUUGUUAAAAAUGAGUUCGAACUAUUUGGCUGCGAUUUUAUGUUAGAUGAGAAACUUAAUACGAUUUUACUGGAAAUCAAUUCCAAUCCUGAUUUAUCUUCCUCUACUGAGGUAACAGCGUGUAUAUGUCCAAAUGUUUUGAGAGAUUUAAUUAAAGUCGUUGUGGACCGCAACCAGAAUAGAAAUGCAGCUACUGGAAAAUUUAAGUUAAUACAUACUAUCAAGUACAAGUUCUAUACUAAUCCCGGUUAUAGGGGUAAGGCUCAAUUUCAACCUCUGCCAUAUUCAGUAUUUGAAUAACACCAACAGAUUCGGAGUAAAAAACAAGAAAUCUGUCUCAAUAAAAUGAUCUAAAUUCAAAAUUUAAA